GCGGUUCUGCAGGCAGCGACAGGAGGAGGGUAUCUCGCAGUCGCCGAGCGGAUUCUUCAAGAGAAGUUUAAUAUCAAUACACCCGCGUCACAGUCCAAUGAAAGAACGACAUUGAGGGCAUUUCGCAAAGGAGGACAUCUUGCAGUUGUCGAGCGGCUCCUUCAGGAGAAGGCUGAUGCAGUAGCAUCAAGAUCUCAUGGAAGAACAGCCUUGCGAGCGGCGGGGGAUGGAGGAAAUACUGCAAUUGUCGAGUGGCUUCUUCAGGAAAAGGCUGAUGUCAAUGCAGCAGGAGGGUAG